AUGUAUCAGAGCCUGGCCAUGGCCGCGAACCACGGCCCCCCAGCCUACGAGGGGGCCGGGGGGUUCAUGCACGGCGGGGCGGCCGCCUCCCCCGUCUACGUGCCCACCACCCGGGUCACCUCCAUGCUCCCCAGCCUGCCCUACCUCCAGAGCGGCGGCUCCUCCCAGCAGGCCAGCCCGGCCUCCAGCCACUCCAUCUGGACGCAGCCCGGCGCCGAGCCCGCCGCCUACAACCCGGGCGCCUCCCACCCGCCCGUCUCGCCCCGCUUCUCCUUCUCGCCCGGCGCCUCCCGGGAGGCCUCCCCGUACAGCAGCCCGCUGAGCCGAGAGCAGUACGGCCGGGGCUUCGGGGGCUCCUACUCCGGCCCCUACCCCGCCUACGUGAGCCCGGAGAUGGGCACCACGUGGAGCGCCUCGCCCUUCGACAGCCCCAUGCUGCACAACUUGCCCGGCCGGGGCGCCGCGGGAGCCGCCCGCCACGCCAACCUCGGGCCACCCACUCAGACGGCCAAAGCAAGCGCGGGGCUUCCAGUAGAUGAUCAAACAACAAAGAAAAAAAUCGUGGGCAAAAUGCCUGCUAACCCCCAUGCACGGUCGCAGAUGGGGGCCAGUGAAGAAAGUGUCGUAGUCUUGGAGUAUGAUAAAAGGUCGAAAAAGACCUUGCCUCAGAAAGCUCAAAG